AUGGAAGAAAGCGAAAAUCAUCAUCAGGUUUUCUUAUUAAAAGGCCAAACGAUUGUCAGUUCAGCAAAAAGAAAUGACUCAAUUGAAUUGUCCAGCAUAGGCAAUGACAAUGAUAAUAAUUCAGAUUCGGGUAUCAGUCCAAAUGAUAGCGAAGUCGACAUACUGAUUCCUGAUCAAGGUCACACGCAAACUCCUAAAACAGGAUUAUCGACGAUGUUUGAUCACAACGAAGAGAAGUGGUAUAUCGUAGCGAGUCAAGUUUUCAUUCCGUUUAUGAUUGCUGGUUUUGGUAUGGUAGCAGCUGGACUUGUCCUCGAACGUGUGAAGGAACUGAGUGUCUUCAAAGAAAUUACAGAAAUCUAUAUUCUAGUACCAGCUCUACUUGGCCUGAAAGGAAAUUUGGAAAUGACAUUAGCUUCACGACUAUCAACUCAAGCAAAUAUUGGUAACAUGGACAAACGAUCCGAAUUGCAACGUAUGAUCAUUGGAAACGUUAUUUUGACGCAACUACAAGCUAUUGUGGUUGGCUUUCUUGCGGCGUUGGUUUCACUGGCUAUGGGAUGGGUACCACAGGGACAUUUCAAUAUUCGGCAUGCACUUGUGCUAUGCAGUAGCAGUGUUUCAACAGCAUCGAUUGCGUCGUUGGCAUUAGGCAGCAUUAUGAUAUUAGUUGUUGUCGUAUCGCAUAAAUGUAAAAUAAAUCCUGAUAAUAUUGCCACGCCCAUCGCUGCCUCACUAGGCGAUUUAACCACACUUGGCAUUCUUGCGGGCAUUGGUGGCUUUUUAUUCAAAACCAUCGAUAAUUAUGCAUGGUUGUCUAUCAUGAUAACGGUGGUAUUUUUAGUUUUAACACCUAUUUGGAUUGUUCUUUCGUCACGGAAUGAGUAUGUUAAAGAUGUUUUAAUACAUGGCUGGUCACCAGUAGUUGCAGCCAUGCUCAUCUCAAGUGCGGGUGGUCUUAUCCUCGAUUUUGCCGUACAAACACUUCGCGGUGUUGCUGUUUUUCAACCUGUCAUGAAUGGUGUCGGCGGUAAUCUGGUAGCCGUUCAAGCAAGUCGACUAUCCACCGCUCUUCAUCAACAGGGUAAACCAGGAGAAUUUCAAGACAUUAAUCAAUACCACGCAUCAAAAUUUUGCCCUAAUCCAUAUAAAGUCUUUUGUGCGAACAAACGUAGUUCAUCGACAACACGUGUUUUGUUAUUUUUGGCAAUACCAGGCCAUUUAACAUUCGUUUUUGUUAUAUCACGUUUAGCAACAGAUCAGACACGACUGUCUAUUCUUUUUGUCAUUCUAUACGUCAUAGCUGCGCUUAUUCAAGUUGCUAUACUUCUCUAUAUCGCUCAAUGGAUGGUCAAAUUUGUCUGGAGACACGAACGAGAUCCCGAUAAUGUUUGCAUUCCGUAUCUCACGGCAAUCGGAGAUCUGCUUGGCACAGCUCUUCUCACGUGUGUCUUUCUAUUACUACCUUAA